AUGGCUCAAACCAUGCCAAUCCUUGCCUCCUCUGUGCUUCUUCCCAACUUCCGGUGCCGGAGAACAGGACUGGUGCAUCGCUGCAAGCGAUAUACGAUAACGGCUUCUGCGGCGAGAAGAGAUGAUUACGGUGGUGGGAGUAGGACAGGGAAGCUUGUGGACGAGAACAUGAUAGUGCUGAGGAAACGGAUUCAGGAGAUGAGGAAUGAAGAUGAUCAGGCUCCUCCUGGGGAUUGGAUGGAAUGGGAGAAGAGGUAUUACAGUUAUUACCACUCCGACGUAUGUGAAGCCAUGGGUUUGCUUCAAACACAACUCAUGAAUACCAGGCCAAGCUUGGCUUUGGGGAUGGUGGCUCUUCUCAUGGUUUGCGUUCCCACGUCGACGUUCAUGGUCGCCUUGCAUUUGAUGAAGAUGGCCAACUGGAUCUUAUCUACAGGAAUUCACCUCUCUAAUUUGUCUUAG